UCCCCUGUCCUUACACCAUUAAAGUAGUAGACUGAACCUCGCCGGGUCAUUUCGACUGAGGAGGUAACGUCGAAAUUGCGAAACUUUCCGCCUCGCUUCGCCAUAAAUUUCUUGCCACCACAUAUCCCAGUCGUAAACCAGGACGAAUAUGUUUGUAGUUGUAGUGUUAGUCGGAGCCCUGUCUCUGUGCAGCGCCUACCCUAACGGUGCUCCUAAGGAGGCAUGUGUGACCAUGAUGCCUGGACAUAAGUACGCCAAUCUAACGACUGUGCACCCAAUGACCACCGCAAGCCCGUACCAGAUAAUGGUCGCGUCUAACCAGUAUAGUCCUGGGGCCACGCUUAAGGUCCAAAUCGUUGGCCCACAGUUUGAAGGAUUCCUGCUGCAGGCUCGCCAUAACGGUAACACGGGUCCGGUUGGUUCCUUCUCCAACCCGCCUACUAACACCAAAGCCGUGACGUGUACCAGCGGCAGUGACAGCAUGACCCACGCCAACCCUAACGCCAAACAGAACAUUACCCUCACCUGGACCGCGCCCACCGACGCCAGGGCUGACGUCAUGUUCAUUGCCACCGUUGCGCAGGUCAAGAACGUGUUCUGGCUGAACAACAAAUCUCCCAUGGUCACCCUGGCUCAAGGCCAUCAGAAGGAAGGAAACCACGUAUGAGUCUUUGAUGUCCACAUGGCUACGUACAAUACCAACACAUCCGCUACUAUUGUCGGAUUUACAUGGACUCUAACAACAACAAUACAAUCGCUUCUGUAAUCCCACAUUUACAAUUAUCAACCAUUUUAGACACAUUGUGUAAAAUGUUACUUAUCAGUGUUUGCCUUUCCGGAUAUUAAAGAUAGAUAUAGAUUAGAAUUUGAUCUAUAAUCGAAUGUUUGACUUGUCCAGCCUGAUAAACAAGCCUGUUGAUCGAAGUCAUGUAUUCUUUUCUUACAUACUGCAAAUUUCGAAAUGUCCGUGGUGGUUUUCUUAUAUACGCGGCGAAUGUGUUUUACAAUUCUACUGUACUAUGGAAUCUCUUUUUCUCGCCUACCAUGAAAUAACACGACCGCAAAAGUAAACGAAUUUACAGUAUUCCUGGUUUGUUUUGCAACUCCACGAUUAUUCCUAUGGAACCCAGUUCGUAGAUGACUACAAGUUAAUAAACUUGCCAGACGAGUCAAUACCUUACAGCAAUGCUUACCUUUAUUGCUCUUAUGUUACAGUUUUCUCAAUAAAGAAUAUUGAAACGGUU